AUCGGGUUUCUGCUCGUAUGAUAUUCUUUUUUAGCAUUUUUCCUUUUCAUCUUUUGAAGGUUGUACAACUACGAUUUGAAGGACGGGAAAUCUGGUCUUGCGAUCAUCUACUCCAUAUACUCUGUCUGUACUUGGGUACAAGCCGGAUCAAAUUACCCCAGGUCAUCCCAUUCCAAGGUACAGAUAAGCGCGAAGUCUCACUAAGCCAACCGCUCUCAUCAAAACAAAGGGGGGGUUUCAGGAGUACGGCCGGUACUAAUACUACCAUUCGAUCGCAAAGCUGCCGAUUCCAGCCUAGAAGAUAAUCAACUAAACUCCCUGGUCCACUUCAGCCUCCUUUCCCCAAGCAAACAAGUAUGGGAUCACUAGGGACCACGGUUCAAAAGGGCGUGGAGCAAGAUGAUCUGGUUAUGCCGUUGAUUGAUUUCGGGGCUUUCCUGAAUGGCGACCCGACGAGCAAAAAACAAGUGGCGGACCAGAUUGUCCAAGCCUUCCAAUCUUCCGGGUUUUUGUACCUACACCACCACGGCAUUUCCCCCGACGACAUCUCACGGGCGUUUGACGAGUCGGCCAGAUUCUUCCAGAGGCCACAGUCACAAAAGGACGAGUUGCAAUGGACCACACCGGACUCCAACAGGGGCUACGUGGCCUGGGGUCGUGAAAAGGUGACUCAAUCCGCCGAUCCUGAAGAGAUUGCCCGGCUACGAGCGUCGAACCCGGACCUGAAAGAGUCGAUCGAGAUCGGGCGUGAGGGAGUGCCGGGUUUUCCCAACCAGUGGCCAUCUCGAUUCGGUGACGAUGAAGGCCAGAAAUUCACGAAUGACAUGCAAGGGUUUUCCUUGCGGCUCAAAAACUUGCACAUCCAAGUCAUGCGCGCCAUCGCUCUCGGCAUGGGUUACGACGAAGGUUUCUUCGACGGUUAUACCGACGCCGGCGACAACACUCUCCGCCUCCUGCACUACCCGUCCGUCAAGAAGAGCAUCUGGAGGCGGAACCCCAACCAGGUUCGCGCCGGCGAGCACUCCGACUACGGUUCCAUCACCCUGCUGUUCCAGGACGACAUCGGUGGUCUGGAGGUCAAGUCUCCCCGGGGCACGUGGGUGCGCGCGACGCCCAUCCCGGGUACCAUCGUGGUAAACGCGGGUGACCUGUUGUCCCGGUGGAGCAACGACACCAUCAAGAGCACAAACCAUAGAGUCAUCCAACCUCCUCCGAAGGAGACGACUACACAAGACGGCGAAGAGGACGACGAGGACGCAAUGGUCCCCGCCCGGUAUAGCAUUGCUUAUUUCUGCAAUCCCAAUUUCGACAAACACAUCGAGGCCUUGCCCGGCACGUGGGAGAAGACGGGCAAGAAAUACGAAGGCAUCAACAGUGGGGAUUAUUUGGUGAUGAGACUCGCCGCGACGUAUUGACCUUCUUCCUGGGGAUUAGCAACAACGACAAACGAAAAAUCAAG